UUAAAGGAGUGGGGUAAUCAAGCGGCGGCCCGAAAGGGUUAGUUCGUUUUAUUUGCUCCAGGUGAAGUUUCCCUAAUUUGCUGAGUCGCGGUUUGACGUAUCGGGCGGUUGGUUUGACAGGUUGAGUUCCCCCGCCGUAGGUGUUGGUGUGAGCCGGGGCCUCCUUCAGCUGCUGAAUUCGUGUCGGCGGGAGCGGCGGAAAAGAACAGCCACCACCAGAAGCAACAGCAUGUCCGAUUAUGGAAAUUACAGUCAACCUGGAGCUCAAGCACAAAGCUAUGGAGCCUAUGGUACCCAGUCAAACCAAAACUAUGGGCAUGCUUCACAGGGUUAUAGUGGAUAUGAGCAGUCUGGUGCUUCUGGAUAUGGACAAAGCCAAAGUGGGUAUGGCUCAAGCUAUGGACAAGGACAGUCAGGGUUGAAUUCUUCUCAGUCUUCAACAGGCUAUCGACAGAGUGGACACAGCUAUGGAAGUGAGAGCUCUCAUAAUACUUACGGACAGCAAUCACUGUAUGGAAAUUAUGGGCAGCGUUCGGAUUCCCCUAGCAGCUAUGGCUCAAAGUCUGAGACACAAUAUAGUACCCAGCAAAGCCAACCAAGUUACAGCCACUCAACUUCGUAUCAUCCACCUCACGACAACUAUGGCCAACAGACCUCAGGAGAUGACUAUGAGCAAGAUAGACCUAACAGGAGUAAAUUUGGAGAUGACAACCGGAGCUUUGGCAGAUCACAGGGCAAUGGAGGUAGAGGUCGUGGAGGAUAUGGUCAUGGUGGCUUUGACAGUGAUGGUAGAGGGGGACGUGGUAGAAUGGGUGGUGGUGAUCGUAGUGGCUUCAAUAAUUUUGGUGGCUCAAGAGACCGUGGGCAAGGACCUAAUCCUGCUUCUGAUGACAACUCUGAUAACAACACCAUUUUUGUCCAGGGUCUUGGAGAUGAUGUGACAACUGAACAAGUUGCUGAUUUUUUUAAACAGAUUGGCGUGAUUAAGAUUAAUAAGAAAACUGGAAACGCCAUGAUCAACCUCUAUACGGACAAGGUUACAGGCAAACUAAAAGGUGAAGCAACGGUGUCUUUUGAUGACCCACCAUCAGCAAAAGCUGCAAUUGAUUGGUUUGAUGGAAAGGAUUUCCAUGGAAACAUAAUAAAAGUUUCCUUUGCAACAAGGCGAUCAGAGUUUGUACGAGGUGGUAGAGGCGGUCGUGGAGGUCAAAUGGGCAGAGGUGGUCGUGCAUUUCAGGGUGGUGGUGGUCCAAGGGGUGAAGAUUGGACUUGCCCAAAUCCGUCAUGUGGUAAUGUCAACUUUGCUUGGAGGAAUGAAUGUAACCAGUGUAAAACUCCUAGAGCUAAUGGUGAACAUCAUGGAAGAGGUGGCUUUAGAGGUCGUGGUGGAUUCCGUGGAGGCAGAGGUAGUGAUCGUGGCUUUGGCUCAGGAAAAAUGGGAGGAGGAAGAAGUGAUCACAGAUCAGAUCGACGUGACAGGCCUUACUGAAAGCAUGCUGGGAACCAGAAUUUUCUUUUUGCUUUAGUGGUGCUUUAACAUUGAUGCAAUGUAAUGUACUUUUUCAUAGUAUGUAUUUGAAGACAAAGAUUAAAAUGAAUUUUUAAUAAA